UAGUGUCGUGCAGCCUAUUGUUGAAAAAAGAGCUAUCCGUUUUAUUGUGACACCGUUGAGAUGAUAAACAACAUGGCGGAUAGUCAAUAAUUCGCAAAACAACUAGUUGAACAAGAACACUCUACGUUUGUCAGGAGCUGCUCAUUACUUUCAUUUUGUUUCACAUAACAGGCAGAAAUGUUCAAGAAAACGAAGAGGCACCAGGAGUGGUCUCCAACGAAGCAGCUUCGCAGUGACCCAGAGCAAGUAAAGCGUCUGACUGACAUUCUGAAAUUUCGAUCGGAACAUGAUCAAGCUGUAGCUAAGACAGGAUGGGACAGCUAUCAAAGAGAUUUGCACAAUACCCAGAUGCUGAAAGGGCUGUUCAAGAAGCUGGAUCCCUCUGUCAUGAAGCCCCUAGGGGACAUCAAGGGGGAGAUCCAGCUGUCCUUCAAGUACGACGCAAACAACGAGAUGCUUCUCAUCAAGGUCAUUAAGUGCCGUGACCUCGCUAACAGAGACAUUCGAGGAAAAAUGUCCAACUUCUAUGUUAGGAUGGAGCUUCUUCCAGACCCAAUGAAUCAAGGAGAAAAGAAGACACAAAUCUCCCAUGGAACUAACAGUCCCCGAUUUGACGAGAUUUUUGGAUAUCAUGUGGCAGAAUUUGCAAUGGGUGAGGCCAAGAUUGUUUUUCAAGUGUGUGAGCACAGUCUAGGAGGCAGUGAUGAUGUCAGAGGGGAGGUUAUUAUUCCACUGAGCUCAUUCUCCUUCUAUGACGAGCCUAUCCACACUGCCUGGUACAUGCUGAAUAUGGAGACAGACCUUAGCAUUUCUGGUGACCUUGACAUCAGCAUCGCCUUCCAGCGCCCACAGACGCUGCUGGUAACAGUGCAUGGCGCAAACAACCUGGCACCGCGCGACAUGAACCAGAGUGCAGACCCCUUUGUGAAGGUCGCUGUUCCAGGAGUGGAUCAGAUCUUUCAAACUCAGGUAUUGAAGGGGACCCUGAAUCCCAUCUGGUCAGAGACGUUUGAGUUCCAACUACAUGAGGAAGAGUUUGAGGACAAGUAUGUGGUGUUCCACGUGAUAGACAAGGACAAUAACUCCAGCAACGACUCGCUGGGCCAGUGCAUUGUGGAGCUGAAGACCUUUGACCCUGAUCACGGCCUCAGUGGAAGCUUUGAGUUGUCCGAUCUGCGUAACAGCGACCGACUGCGUACCAAGGUUUACCAGAACCGUGUAGCCCAGGAGUUUAGAGAGUCGCUAGUUGCACAUUCCGUGGCACGUGCACCUCACAGCAUCUUCAAGAAACACCAGGGUGGAAAGAUUGUCACGGUCACAUGCCGUAAAGCUGGGGCAAGUGGGAAGAUCCGGAUAGUCGAUGGAAUCCCAAUGUACUAGACACGCCAGCAAAGUCCAGAGCGCUUGCAUUUGCUUACAUUUUGAGUCUGAAACCAAGGCAAUUCUAAAUUCAGUAAUUACUUGGUUAGAAAUGUUAGAUUUAUUUGGGUAGAAAAUUUUUGUAUGGACUGAAUUUAUUUAAUUUUAUGUUUAUGUAGUAUACUUGAGGAAAACCAUGACUUUGAGUAAUAUGCUUAUAUUCUGUUCUGAGUCCUGUCUUGAGUUUAAUUUGGAGUAAGCCCUUCUCAGUGCUGGAAUCGAAUUUUGAAGGCCUUUGCAAACUGUUUGAAUCCAGAUGAGACGUCACAGACCGUGGCGUCUCAUCAGGAUCCAAACUGUUUGCUAUUCAGAUAGUAUUCUUGGAAAAAAAAUCGAAGAAAAUGCUAAUUUUAGAAAUUCAGCAGACGACAUUUUAGCAGACGACAAAUUUCCCAGCAUGCAAAGAGUUAUACUUAGAAUGUUUGUGAAUACAAUGUGAGCACUAGGUGACAGUUGUGUUAAGAUAGCAAUGAACUUUUUUGUCGGAAAGAGUAUUUUACUUGCGCUUGUAAUUCUUAGUUUUUUGCAUUUAGUUUUAUAUGUAUCCAAUAAUGUAGUUUCUAUUGUUGAUUUUUAUGUGGUCAAAAUUUGCAAAAAACUUAUUUUAAAUGUUGGGUUUAUUUUUUUAAUUUACAAAUCUAUGUAUAAAUAAAAUGAAAGUAAUUAUUAAAGUAGAAAAAUGGCAAAAUUCCGACAACAAAAAAUAUAGGAAUUGUUAUGCAAAAUUAUUUUAUUUACUGUAAAGAGUUGUAUUUAUGAUAAUAUUGCAUUUAAUUUAUUUUGUACAGUUUACAUAUUUUUUGGUAUAUUCAUAUACUAGAUAUAUUUAUCAUCACUGUUAUUGAAUUUUAUAUGAGAUGUAAUUUGUGGAAUGCCAAAUAAUAAUAAAUAGAAUAUAAAUGUCUGUUAAUGAUAAAUUUGAUCUCUUUUGACUUUUUUUACCAAACAUUUAAAAAUUAUCAUCCUUGAAAAUGACCUCUUUAAUAUAUACAUAGUAUGUACCGAUUUUAUAAUGAGUUAUGCUGUAAACUUGUCUUACCUUAUACAUUUAUUUUAUUUUUUACAAGUCUGUUUACAAAGUGUGUUAAAUUAUUUAAAACAUUUUCCACAAAACUACAGCAAUUUUGAAUUAUUGUUCUAUAUUUUAUUAAUUGUUAAGAUGAAGUAUUGUUUUAUAUAUCCGUGAAUUAACCAUUCUUUAUAGUGUGAUAUCUAUGGACCAUAAUCAUCUAAGCUUAAAAUCAUACGUAAAUUAAAUCAAUUAAUUAUUCAUUAUUAACUUUUGUUUGUUAUAAACAAUUAAACAAUUUCUUUUAAAUUUAUACGCCCCUGGUAUAUGGUGAUGCCCGGUCUGUAUGUCUGUCCGUCCGCUAGUUCAUUCGUUAGUCUGUACGUUGGUACGAGAAUAACUACGGAAUAUUGUUAUGGCCAUCAUUGUUACACAUUAAAAUCCAGAAGGCGCGAAUGCGAAAAUGCGAUAGUACGAUGGCGACAAUACGAUGACGACAGUGUGACAAUACGAUGGCCACAAAGCGAUAGUACGAUUGCGAGAAGGUGAUAGUACGAUGACGACAAUACGACAGUGCCAUGACGACAGUGCAACAAUACGAUGUCAAUAGUACGAUGGCAACAAUGCGAACAUGCGAGAACAUGAUAGUACGAUGACAGCAUUUCGGCAAUGAGAUGACAACAGUGCGACAAUACAAUGGCGACAGUGGAUAUUAUGAUGGGGACAAUUUGAUGAUACGAUGACGACAGUACGAUAUGACUAUCGCAUUGUCGCCAUGGUCCUAUCGCUUUGUCGCCAUUAAAUUGUCGCAUUGUCGUCAUCGUACUAUCGCGUUCUCGUAUUCUCGCCAUGGUACUAUCGCAUUGUCGCCAUUGUAUUGUCGCACUGUCGUCAUCGUAUUGUCGAUUGUCUCCAUCUUACUUUCGCGUUCUGGCAUUCUCGCCCAUUGGAUUUCAAUGUGUAACCACGAUGGCCCUAACGGUAUUCUGUAGAUACCCAUAUUGAUUGUUUACUAUCCUAUUGUAUACAAAUCUUUGAUACUUUCAUUCAACACACAGCUCACUCAGAUCAACUGACCUCAUUUCGACUUCAGUAUUGGCCUAAUUGGGAAUUAAGACUUAUUUGAAUGAUCCAAUGAAUAAAUACUGACUAGGUUACCACUGGGCAUCAGUGUUCAAUGAACACGGCAUCUUGUUUGACAACAUAAUUCUGCUGGUCAGCAUUAUGGAACUAGUAUCUGUGAUAGUUUGUUAUGUUUAUUAUAUCUUUCUGCUAUUUGCAAUAAAGGGACUUAAAAACUA